AUGGGUGGGGAAGGACCCUGUGGGCCACCACAGAACGUGGAGCAGACCAGGGUCAUUGUGGGGACCUCCACAGUUGACCUUGGAGAUGUUCCAGUUGCCCCAGACUGGUCCCAGUUUGCCCCAGUUUGUCCCAGCUGGUCCCAAACUGGUCCCAGUUUGCCCCAGUCCAUCCCAGUUUGCCCCAGUUGCCCCCAUUGCCCCCCAGACCAGAAGCCGGACGUGGUGUACGCCGACAUCGGCGGCAUGGACAUCCAGAAGCAGGAGGUGCGCGAGGCCGUGGAGCUGCCCCUCACCCACUUCGAGCUCUACAAGCAGAUCGGCAUUGACCCCCCGCGGGGGGUGCUCAUGUACGGCCCCCCCGGCUGCGGCAAGACCAUGCUGGCCAAGGCCGUGGCACACCUGGGGACGCUGAGGUGGCCCUGGGGACCCGCGCGCUGUCCCCUCCCGCAGAUCGGCAUUGACCCCCCGCGGGGGGUGCUCAUGUACGGCCCCCCCGGCUGCGGCAAGACCAUGCUGGCCAAGGCCGUGGCACACCACACCACCGGGGUGGAAUUUGGGGUGAGGAACCUUCUGGAGAACCUCGGGAUGAAACUCAGCAACACCUGGGUGGAAUUUGGGGUCACCUGGAUGAAAUUUGGGGUUUUGGGCGGAAUUUGUGGUUUUGGGUGGGAUUUGGGAUUUUGGGUGGAAUCCCCAAAUCCGUUGUCCCAAAAUCUCCGUUUUUCGCCCCAAGCCGACCGCGAGGUCCAGCGGAUCCUCCUGGAGCUGCUCAACCAGAUGGACGGCUUCGACCAGAACGUCAACGUCAAGGUGAUCAUGGCCACGAACCGCGCGGACACGCUGGACCCGGCGCUGCUGCGGCCGGGCCGCCUGGACCGCAAGAUCGAGUUCCCGCUGCCCGACCGGCGCCAGAAGCGCCUCAUCUUCUCCACCAUCACCGGCAAGAUGAACCUGUCCGAGGAGGUGGACCUGGAGGACUACGUGGCGCGGCCGGACAAGAUCUCGGGGGCCGACAUCAACUCCAUCUGCCAGGAGGGCGGCAUGCUGGCGGUGCGCGAGAACCGGUACAUCGUGCUGGCCAAGGACUUUGAGAAGGCGUACAAAACCGUCAUCAAGAAGGACGAGCAGGAGCACGAGUUCUACAAGUGACACCGCGGGGACACCCUGGGGACACCUUGGGGACACCUUGGGGACACCCCUGGGAUAUUGCGGGGACACCUUGGGGACGUUCAAAUAAAGCUGAGACCGGA